CCAGCAGCUGAAGAACAAUGCCAUCAGUGGCCACCCCCAGCCCCAGCCCCAGCCCAGCCCCAGCCCCACCCCCAGUCUCCUCGCAGUCCUGGCUCCCCAAGAUGGUCACCAAACUCCACAGUCUGAAAGUGGGCCCCAAGAUUCCAGAUCAGGGUAUGAAAAUGGAGCACCCUGUUCCUCCCCCACCGAACUUUCCCGCGCCACCCCCACCCGUGUCCCCACAAGAUCGGUACCAAGCUGUGGUACAAGAUAGAACAAGGGGUAGAUCUCCUUCACCCCCACUGCCCCCACCCCCACUUGAUGGCACAGCCAAUAGGGGUGUGUCUGCUGUUCCCCCCCCCUCCCCAAUAUCCACCAUACCCACCAGCAAUGCCAAAGCUACCCGUGCCAAGGACAGAGAUGUUACCCGACCCAACCCGCCAGCACAAAAUGGGGACGAGGUCAAGGCCACACAGCUGAUGGCAGAGAUCGGCAAUAUCAAACUGAAGAGGGUCAACAGCCCCCAGGCAGCUGCCCCUGUUCCACCAAUGCAACCAGUGAUGGACAACAGUGGUGGUUCCUCCCCGCUCAACUUCCGCCUCCGCCCCACUCCCAAUGCUGUGGACAUCUACAAGGAUGGUCGUGAUGACACAACUAAGGAAAUGCCUGUGGAAGAGUUACCUCCCCCUCCACCAUUAGACAUGGAACCGGAACCAGAGCUGGAACCUACACGACCCGUGGCCGUGGUUACAGCACAGCCACAUGAGCAGAAGAAGAUGAAACCCGGCAAUAAAGGAAAGAAAGAGAGGUCCCCCUUACCUUACAACAUGGAUCUCGAGAUACCUGACGAUAUUGACAUCAGCAGCGUGCCAGGUGUGGUGCCCAUCACUCAGGACACUCCCAACUGGAAGCGAGAGAUGGUAGAAAAGAAGAAUAGAGAGAUGAUAGAAGAAUACGUUAGGAAGAUCCUGAGAGAGAGGGAGGAGCAAGCCAAGUGGAAGGAUGUCCCUGAGUGGAAGAGGAAGAUACUCUUGAAGAAAUCCCAGGAGGAACAGGACGCAGCUCUGGCCAAGGAUGUUCCGGAAGAGCCCAAAGUUGUGGGGAAGAAAGCCCCCCCCCAGAUAGAGCGACCAAGCAACGCUGACUGUGGUGUCCCUAAGACUAACACAAACAUUACCCCUGCAGCCAUGGCGAUGGACCCUGCGAACUGGAGAGCAUGCCGCCAUGGAAACGGGAGCUCUUGUUCAAGAGAGAGAAAGUUCCGAUGACAUUUUUCAACGAAUAUAAUCCUGAUGAAGAAGAUGAAGCACCUCCGAGUUGAUUCGUGAAAAAUGUGAUAUUUUUUUCUGCUGAACAUUUUCUCAGAAACAAGACAGAAAGUGAACAAAUUACUGAGGUGUUUCACUGUGUCUUCCAUCGGAUCUGAACACAGAGUUCUGGGUGACACAGAUGUGACAUGUAACACACAUGUGUCCAUGUGACCUUCACUACAAGGUCACUCAUUGUUUCAUGUACAUGUAGCUGUCUGUCAAUGUUGUGUCUUGGAUGCGUGUCGGCUAGGUCUUACAGUCAAGGUCAAGGUCAGGGAUGACUAUUGAUGCAUGACCUCUAGGCCUGGUACAGACCUAAUGACUGUUUGUAUAUUUAUAACCAAUCCUGCAGCAAUUUGCAUAUUAUUGUUGUGUGUUGCUUAGCAACAGCUACAGAAUCUGCCAAUCAAAAUUCUUUUAUAUGCAUUUAAUGACGCGUUUAUAAAUAAAACAUACCAGCCAACACAGAGCUUAGGGAAGGACUGACAUAUAUCAUUCCUCAGUGCAACAAAAACUAUGCAUUCAUUUCUGUCUUGGAUUCAAACUACAACCACUUCCAUCGGUACGACAUCGGGUGAUGACGCUGUGUAGACUUGCAGGGCGUUGCUGGCAUCUGUCACAAACGUUGUUUGUCAGAUGGAUUUGAAAUAUAAAUACAAUAAGGGAAUUCUGGCAUAGCGUUACCCCAAACAACAUCACCAGUGACGUACACAACAAACAGUGUCAGACAUGACCAGACAGUGUCAGACAUAACCAGACAGUGUCAGACAUGACCAGACAGUGUCAGACAUGACCAGACAGUGUCGGACAUGACCAGACAGUGUCGGACAUAACCAGACAGUGUCGGACAUGGCCAGACAGUGUCGGACAUGACCAGACAGUGUCAGACAUGACCAGACAGUGUCGGACAUGACCAGACAGUGUCAGACAUGACCAGACAGUGUCAGACAUGACCAGACAGUGUCGGACAUGACCAGACAGUGUCGGACAUGACCAGACAGUGUCGGACAUAACCAGACAGUGUUGAACAUGGCCAGACAGUGUCGGACAUGACUAGACAUUGUCAGACAUGACCAGACAGUGUCAGACAUAACCAGACAGUGUUGGACAUGGCCAGACAGUGUCAGACAUGAUCAGACAGUGUCAGACAUGACCAGACAGUGUCAGACAUAACCAGACAGUGUUGGACAUGGCCAGACAGUGUCGGACAUGGCCAGACAGUGUUGGACAUAACCAGACAGUGUUGGACAUGGCCAGACAGUGUCGGACAUGACUAGACAUUGUUGGACAUGACUAGUAGGUGGACACUAGUUGCUCCCAAGUGUAGUGUCAGUAACAGGGAGUAACAUUUUUACAUGAACACGAUUGCUUGUGGCUGUAUUACAUGAGUAUUUGUCACUCUACAUUUUAUGUGGAUGUUUUUUACAUGAAUGUGAACAUUACCAACAAGUGAACUUGUCAAAUGUGUAGAAAUCGGUAGUGUUAGAAAGAAAGGUCUUCCGGGGUCUGUCUACAUAACACAGACGGAACACAACACUGACUGAAUAACUGAUGGAACACAACAUUGACUGAAUAACUGAUGGAACACAACACUAACUGAAUAACUGAUGGAACACAACAUUGACUGAAUAACUGAUGGAACACAACACUGACUGAAAUAACUGAUGGAACACAACACUGACUGAAAUAACUGAUGGAACACAACACUGACUGAAAUAACUGAUGGAACACAACACUGACUGAAAUAACUGAUGGAACACAACACUGACUGAAAUAACUGAUGGAACACAACAUUGACUGAAUAACUGAUGGAACACAACACUAACUGAAUAACUGAUGGAACACAACAUUGACUGAAUAACUGAUGGAACACAACACUGACUGAAAUAACUGAUGGAACACAACACUGACUGAAUAACUGAUGGAACACAACACUGACUGAAAUAACUGAUGGAACACAACACUGACUGAAAUAACUGAUGGAACACAAAACUGAUGGAACACCUGACUGAUGGGAGAAGGUGUAUACAUUGUUGUACAGACAUGCCAACUCAUAACUUACACACUGUGUUGUACAGACAGGCCAACUCAUAACUUACACACUGUGUUGUACAGACAGGCUAACUCAUAACUUACACACUGUGUUGUGUAGACUGGCCCACAUAUGACUUACAAAAUGUGUCACAUUUGAUGUAGUGUAAUGGACUUGUAAUGCAGUAUUUUGUUGUGGUAACUUUCCUUCCAGAUUCAAGUAUAACUGUGUUUUCUAUGUAUUUUGGAUACAUGAUGACAUAUUGAUAGCUUGUACGUGCAGCUAUGCACGGAUCUCCUCCUCCUGGUCCCGAUGACCCUGUGUCUACCACUGGAUCAGUAAUGCUGCCUGUUUUCCUGUCACACUCGCAGUAUGCAUGGUUAUUAUUUAGUUGAAUAUUUUGUUUCUUUGUAACUUUGAUAACAAAAUCAGUAUUUCAACUUUACAGCGGUAAACAUUUGUUUGCAGUUCAAUUCCUGUUUAUUUACAAAGAUGUAAUCAAACUUAAUUUUAUGUAAUAUUUAUUGUUCAAUUAUAGUGGAUUAUAUUCAAUAUUUGGUGCUGAAUCAUUAAGUAUUGACAAUCAUAACUGCUCAAACACCUGCUUCAUUUAUCAGCACCUGUGUCAGGGACUCCGUUAUCUCUGGCUUCCUGUUGUCACGUGACAUCGCCGUCUUAUUCCACUCAGUGAAUCUGGCUCUGUGGGCUCUGUGGGCUCUGUGCUGCAGUCUGUGGUACACAGGAUUCCGUCAUCAAAGUGCUGAGCUGGCUCUGUGACAUUGGUGACCUGUCAGGGGUUGCAAUCAUGUGAUGUCCUCACAAUGCUCACCACCACCUGUGCUACCACUGAUUGUUCCACCAGUGUUUGCUCCACCCCUCUACAGUAUUGUACAACAGUAUUACAUUGAUAGCACCAGCAGUAUUGCACAUCCUGCAGCUAGACCGCCACAGCUAGACCGCCACAGCUAGACCGGCACAGCUAGACGCCGGCACAGCUAGGUCGUGGUCGGCACAGCUGGAGUCAGGCACUAGCUGGCACAGCUGGACCGCCACAGCUGGACCGCCACAGCUAGACCGCCACAGCUAGACUGGCACAGCUAGACCGGCACAGCUAGGUCGGCCGUGAUACUGUAUAGGCUACCCAUACUGACAUAUGAAUAUCAAACUAAAUCACAGUUGCCAUCAAGUUCUUGCACAUACCUGGUGCACCACAAACUGAAUUGUAUAUCAAAUUAAAAUACAUGUGGAAAGCCUGAGAUCUGUGCUUCCUCAUGUGAGCAUGUUUGUAUUUUGGUGUCUACCUACCGAGGUAGUUUGUUAGGCAAGAUAUUGGGAGGUGAUGUACACUGUCACCAAUAUGUAACCAGCUUUGUAUUGGAUGUAUACUUUGACAGUUUUUGAUACAUUUACAAACCUGAUGUGUACUUAACGCCCUGUUGAAUGUCCUUGACCUGGGGACCUUGGAAACAGAGAGCCGAGUUUACUUCAGAGAAACAUGCACUGGCAUAAACAUUGGUCGAGACAGGUACUGAGUGACCUGGCAAGAUUCUGACAUUGGUCGAGACAGGUACUGAUUGACCUGGCAAGAUUCUGACAUUGGUCGAGACAGGUACUGAUUGACCUGGCAAGAUUCUGACAUUGGUCGAGACAGGUACUGAUUGACCUGGCAAGAUUCUGACAUUGGUCGAGACAGGUACUGAUUGACCUGGCAAGAUUCUGACAUUGGUCGAGACAGGUACUGAGUGACCUGGCAAGAUUCUGACAUUGGUCGAGACAGGUUCUGAGUGACCUGGCAAGAUUCUGACGUUAUUGUGAUUCACGAUGAUCACAUCAUGGUUAUCAAGGUCAAAGUCAUUUGCCUGCCACAGGCCCCGUCAGUUUCACCAUCAGUAUGUACAAGUGUGACAACAGAUUCAGCCUUGUAUACCCUCUUUUCCUCUUUUGUUUUGCCUGAUUUAUAUUCCGCUGAUGUAGACUCCCGAGUGUGUUUUAGGUGUAUGACUUGCUGCCCAGCGUAGUCCCAACUGAGAACCAGUUUGACUGGGUUCCUGUAGUGACUCAUCACACCUGUCUGUAGAUAGUUUCUUGAAAUGCUCAGAUUUUCGGAACUUUAGUAUUUUCCAGCCUUUACCUGUUCUUAUUUGUAGAUAUAUUUUUUGUGUUUUAUGUACAGAAUUGUCACUGGUCAUGAAAAUAAACAUUUUCAUCCAUGUCUUGUGCA